AUGGACGCCCAAGAUCAAGACACGCAAAGUGUGGUCUUGGAUGACAAAGAGCACCAAGCUGCGUACAUAUUUGAUCCUACAGACGGAGCUGAUGGGGCGGCCAGGCCUGCGAAGCGCAGAAGGGUGUCAAAGAAGCACGAGAAAGAAACUGCAAGACCGGACCAGAGUCGGCCGUCGCCCAGCCAGUUCCAGCCGCUGCUAGAUGGGGCAGAGGAGGAAGCCUGCUAUCGCCUCCGACAGUCCCUAUUUGAGAAGUCAUGGGCGAGCAUUGAGACUAGGAUUCAUCAUGUCCUCCGUGAGGCCAAUCAGUCCACCCUGGAAAAGGUCACAUCAUUCAUACAGGAGUCGACCACUCGAGAGGCCCGCGACAAGAUUCCCUCUGGUUUUAUUAUCACCGGCGCAAACAUUGCGUCUCAGGAGCUUCUCUUCGAACAACUGUCCGAGACACUCCAGGAGGACGCCGAAGCAAAGGUCGUGCGGCUACGGUCAGGGGAUGCAUCGAACCUCAAGGCAGCUCUCAAAAAGAUCAUACAUGAAGCCACGUCUAGAAGCACAGAUGAUGGUGAUGAUCUCGACAUUGCUGUGGGCAAGGAUGGGCGCAAAUACCUAAACUAUGACCUGGAGGCUCUUUACAGCCACCUGAAGUCCAGUCCCCGCAAAAACAUCGUGGUGUGCUUCCAGGACAGCGAGGCAUUCGAAAGUGGACUCUUGUCAGACCUCAUCCUCCUGUUCAGUUCAUGGCUGGACCGUAUCCCCUUCGCGCUUCUUUUCGGUGUAGCAACCUCGGUGGAACUGUUCCAGGGACGUCUGCUCAAGUCCACAUGUCAUCAUCUUUUGGGCCAACAGUUUGAUGUCGAACAGUCGACAUCUGUGAUUGAGAAGAUCUUCAGGGCUGCAGUCGCUCAUUCCGAGGCUCCUCUGCGUCUUGGGCCGUCUCUGCUUCAGAGUCUACUGGACCGCCAAUCUGAGCAAGUCGCUGGCAUUCCUGUUUUCGUCAACUCGUUGAAGUACGCAUACAUGUGCCACUUCUAUGCGAAUCCCCUAAGCAUUGUAAUGGCCGAUGAUUUGGACGACAACUAUGUGAAGAGUCAGCAUCUGGAGAUAGUGAGGUCUCUGCCUUCGUUCCGCAUGCUUGUCGAGGGCAACCUGGAAGGUGGCACUCUCUCCGACGCCAAGAGUCUACUUGACGAUGACGCCUACCUGAUCAGCACCUUGCAAAAGAGUCGCAUUAUGUGGGAAAAGUGGACGCUAGACGUGUUGCGCCAUGUCAAGAUACUCUCGGCCGAGAGGCCGUCCAAGUCAGGUUUCAUCCAGCUCUACCUAGAUGCUCUUUCCAACGGCAUUAAGGUGUCAGAGGAGAGCGGCGGCUUCUACACGUCAGUCCAGCGGAUGCCACCCACUGAGGCAGUGUCCUUCUUGACCAACGUCCUCGACAUGAUCCAGGAUGGAGACAAAAGCCUUGGGCUCGAGGGAUGGGCUGAAGAUGACGGACUCACCGCACAAACAUUGUCAGACAUACUUUCCGAAAUUAAAGGUCUUCAGGAGAGAGCUGAAGAGGAGGGCGCAACUUUGAAAAGCACUUACAGCAGCCAGAGCAAGAUCCUUCGCACGACUGUUAUCGCGCAAAAGGUGCAACUGAGUCAAGAUACGGCUGAUUUGACUGAUGAUGACAAGGCCUACACGCAACUUAUACGCCGCUUGGUAGACCAUCUGGCAUCAAUCAUGUCGGCUUCCAGACCGGAUGAGGUGCCAUUCCACGAAAUCUGGCUCUACGAUUCGAAGACGCCAUAUAGAGACGUCUUCAUCCCACGCCCUCGCGCAGUCAUUGAGCGUGCGCUUCUACGACCACAUGACUAUCUGAGUUGCUCUUGUUGCAAGUCUGGAGAGGACGAGAUUAAGCCGACUUUCCCCAGCACUGCAAUCUUGUACAAGCUCUACCUCGAGACGGGAUCCCUGAUCAACGUUGCAGAUCUCUGGUCUGCUUACUACAAUAUCGUGGGCGAGGAGAGCGACAAAGGAUUAGAUGAGCGGACUGCUCUGGCGCUGUUUUACCGCGCGCUAUCCGAGCUCAAGACGUUGGGUUUUGUCAAGCAGAGCCGCAAAAAGGCGGACCACAUCGCGAAACUAGCCUGGCAGGGUCUGUGA